GGGAGCUGACCACCAUGCCCAGUCCAUGUUCUUUUCUCUUUGUCCAGUUCAGUGAUUUGAACGGUUUGUUUUUCAAUUAUUGCCAAAGUUGUGUAAAUAGUUAAGAGUGCUGCUCCGUGCGUUUUAAAUUAAGCAAAAAGGAGUUCAAUCUGACAGAAAAAAAUCAGUUUGCAGGAAGACUGCAACAAUCUGGUCAGCACCUAAGGAUUUAAACGUGCAUGCAAGGCAAGUCACAUGCUGUAUUGCCUUUUUGUGUGCAUAAUACAAAGAGCAACAAUAUCAGGAAUUGUCAUAUCAGGGAUUAAAUGUAGUUUAAAAUGUGACACUAUGAAGUUUACUUUAAAUUUGCAGUUUUAAAAAAGAUAUAGGCAAUACAAGCUAUUAUUAGGACUAAAACUAUUUAAAUUAGUUUAUGCAAUUUAUCAAAAGCAAAUUCUCGAGUGGAAAAAAUUAUAAUAAUAAUGUGUGCAUAUAAGCCCAGUCGGUGACCGUUGCUCCUGUCCUGUCCACUUCCGUGAAUUUUUUUUUUUUUUUUUUGUCAAUUAUUAUCAAAGUUGUGUGAAAAGUAAAUAGACAGAGGGUCCACUGCUCUACAAAAUGAAGAAAAGAAUCAAUAAAUCUGAAAGAAUAUUUCAGCCAGCAGGAAGAUUGCAACGACCAAGUCAGAAACCUAAGGAUUUAAACGUGCAUGCAAGAUCCCAGUGGCAAUGGACUUGGACUAAAAUGGCACUUCUUUCGCUUUGCAUUCUCUCUGCAUCAGUACUAUUUAUUCUGCAUCUCUUCUUUGACUCUAUUGACCUCAGCCAACCAUCAGAUAUAGGUCUCAAUCACACUUUAAAUAUCUACCUCGAACCUGAAGAGGGAGUCAGAGUGGGCGUGUGGCACACUGUACCUGAACAUAGAUGGAAGGAAGCACAGGGAAAGGACCUAGACUGGUAUGAGAAAGCUCUGGGGGACGGAUCACCCAUUUUCAUCUACCUCCAUGGCAACAGGGGUAACAGAUCUGCACCUCAUCGAAUUGGAAUUGCAAAUGUCUUGAGUGCUGUUGGAUAUCACGUUUUGGCGCUGGACUACAGAGGUUUUGGGGACUCCACUGGGGAGCCUACAGAGGCUGGUCUAUGUACUGAUGUCUUAUACUUGUACCACUGGGUUAAGGCACGCAGUGGAAACAGCCUGGUGUGUGUGUGGGGUCACUCGCUUGGUAGUGGUGUUGCCACUACCACUGCAGUGAAAUUACUAGAACAAGGAAAUCAGUUUGAUGGAAUAAUACUUGAAGGUGCAUUCCUAAAUGCGAGGAUGGAAACUAAUAAACUAACUGAACACCCUUUUACCUGGUUUUAUUGGAAGUUCCCAUACAUUCAGUACUUCUUGUUCAAUCCACUGAAAAACAAAGAUUUGAACCUUCCAACUGAUGAAAAUUUGCAAAAAAUCAGAACUCCCCUUAUGAUUCUCCAUGCUGAAGAUGACCAUUUAGUGCCCUUUGCCUCAGGUCAAGAGAUUUACAGAACUGCAAAAAAGGCCCAAAACUCAGAUGAGCGUGUCAAGCUGGUGCAAUUUGAUGCAUCACUUGGGUAUCUUCAUAAUGGGCUGUAUAAAGACCCUGGUUUGCCAGAUAUCAUAAGGGAGUUUGUGCAGUCACUGAUGACAUGAUACACAAACAAAAGGAGGGGAAUUUGCACACCAACUAAUAACUGGCUAAUUAGUUGUACAACUGGUGCUGUAACUGUAUAUUUAGCAAUUAAAACAGUAUGCACUACUUGGAUAUAAAAAAAAUUAAUAUCUAAAGGAAAUUUUUCAGAAUUGACCCCAGUGUGAAUUUAUUGUCUUGUUAAUAUUUGUAACUUUGAUUUAUUUUAAGAAUGCAAUUAAACCUUUUUCACAGUGCAUAAUAAAAUCAGUUGUAUAGUU